AUGGCUGCAACUAUGAUUGGAAGUGCUUUUCUCUCUGCAACUCUUCAGACCCUAGUUGAGAAACUUGCUUCCAAAGAGUUUCUUGAUUACAUCACAAACACCAAGCUCGAUCUCUCACUUUUGAAACAGAUAAGACUAACACUACUCACUCUCCAACCUCUCCUAGAUGCUGCAGAGGAGAAGCAGAUCCAUACUCCUUCUGUCAAAGAUUGGCUUGAUGGCUUCAAAGAUGUUGUCUACGAUGCUGAAGAUCUGCUCAACCAAAUUAACUAUGAUUCCCUUCGAUGCAAGAUGGAGAACACACAAGCUGCAAGCAAAACUAAACAGGUCUGGAACAUCCUUUCUUCUCCUUUUAAAAAUAUCUAUGGUGACAUCAAUUCCCAGAUGAAAGAUAUGUGUGAAACCCUGAAACGUUUUGCUGAAAAUAAAGAUAUACUGAGUUUGCAAACUAAAAGUGUCAGAGUUUCUCAUAGAACACCUUCAAGUCCUAUGGUUAAUGAAUCUGUCAUGGUUGGUAGGAAAGAUGACAAAGAGAAAGUAAUGAACAUGCUGCUAUCAGAAAGCAGUACUAGCCAGAACAAUAUGGGUGUAGUUGCAAUUGUUGGCAUGGGAGGUGUCGGAAAAACAACACUUGCACAACUUGCUUACAAUGAUGAAAAAGUUGAAGAUCACUUUGAUCUCAAAGCAUGGGCUUGUGUAUCGGAGGAUUUUGAUGUUCUUAGAGUAAUCAAAACUCUCCUUGAAUCUGUCACUUCAAAAACAUGGGAAACCAGUAAUCUUGAUUUUCUUCGAGUUGAGUUAACAAAAAAUUUGAGGAACAAAAGAUUUUUCAUUGUGUUGGAUGACUUGUGGAAUGACAAUUAUUCUGAUUGGGAUGAACUUGUAUCUCCGUUGAUUUAUGGGAAAAAUGGAAGCAGAGUGAUCAUCACAACACGCCACGAAAAAGUGGCAGAUGCUGCCCGCACAUUUCCUAUUUUUAAAUUAGAUCCUCUGUCACAUGAAGACAGCUGGUCUUUACUCUCCAAACAUGCAUUUGGAAGUGGAAACUUUUCUGAAACUCAACGCCGUAACCUAGAAGGGAUUGGCAGGAAGAUUGCAAGAAAGAGUGGUGGAUUGCCAAUUGCUGCGAAAACACUUGGAGGACUAUUGCGUUCGAAAGUAGAUACUAAAGAGUGGAUUGAAGUUUUUAACAGUGACAUAUGGAACUUACAGAAUGAUAAUAUUCUUCCUGCAUUGCGCCUGAGUUAUCAGUAUCUUUCCUCUCAAUUAAAACGGUGUUUUUCCUAUUGUUCUAUUUUUCCAAAGGACUACUCACUUGAUAGGGAGCAAUUGGUGUUGUUGUGGAUGGCUGAAGGUUUCCUUGAUCAUUCUCAAGACGGAAAAACCAUGGAAGAAGUAGGUGAUGAGUGUUUUACGGAAUUGUUAUCCAGAUCAUUGAUUCAACAAUUGCAUGAUGAUAUGAAUGGCCAAAUUUUUGUCUUGCAUGACCUUGUUAAUGAUUUAGCUACUGCUGUAUCUGGAAAAACUUGUUACAGACUUGAAUUUGGCGCUAAGAGCUAUGAAAAUGUUCGCCACUUGUCAUAUAAUCAAGAAGAGUAUGACAUUUUCAAGAAGUUCCAGACUUUCCACAAAUUCAAAUGCUUGAGAAGCCUUCUUGCCAUUGGCUAUAGAGGGGAAUCUUAUUCUUUAUCAAGAAAGGUGGUCGAUGAUUUGCUACCCACAUUUGGAAGGUUGCGUGUGUUAUCGUUAUCAAAAUAUAGAAACAUCACAGCGCUACCCGUUACAGUUGGAAAUUUAGUGCAGUUGCGCUAUCUAAAUCUCUCUUACACGGAUAUCACAAGCUUGCCUGACACCAUAUGCAACCUCUACUACUUGCAAACCUUGAUUUUAUCUUGCUGCUCAAAUCUCACAGAAUUGCCAGAACAUGUUGGAAAAUUAAUUAAUUUGCGUCAUCUUUACAUUGAUAUGACAAGCAUAAUAGAGAUGCCGAAGAAAAUUUCUGAACUAGAAAACCUUCAAACUCUAAAUGUUUUUGUAGUUGGCAAGAAAAAUAUUGGUUUAAGUGUUAGAGAGCUUGGGAAGUUUCCUAAGCUACGGGGAAAAUUAUUCAUCAAGAACCUGCAAAAUGUCAUUGAUGUCAUGGAGGUAAGUGAUACCAACUUGAAGAGCAAAGAACAUAUUGAGGAGUUAACACUACAAUGGGGCGAGGAAGUUGAUGAGUCGCUUAAAGGAAAAGAAGUGCUUAAUAAGUUACAGCCAUCACCAAACCUGAAGAAGCUGAGCAUUGACUUAUAUGGUGGGACAAGUUUUCCAUGUUGGUUGGGAGAUCCCUCAUUUUCUAAUAUGGUGUCCCUCUGCAUUGAUAAUUGCAUGAAUAGCCCGACACUUCCACCUCUAGGGCAACUAGCUUCUCUCAAGGACUUGCACAUUAGUAGAAUGACACUUGUGGAUACAAUUGGGCAGGAGUUCUAUGGCAUGGCAGCAGGAAGUUCCAGCUCUCCAUUCCAACCAUUUUCUUCCCUUGAGAAGCUUGUAAUUGAGAAAAUGUCAAAUUGGAAGGAAUGGCUUCCUUUUCAAGACAACAUAUUUCCUUUUCCUCUUCUGAAAACUCUGAAGUUAUCUGAUUGCCCCGAACUGAGGGGACAUCUGCCUAGUCAACUUCCUUCCAUAGAAAAGGUUAAAAUAGAUGGUUGUGAUCAUCUCUUGGCAACACCACCUUCUCAGCACUGGCUCUCCUCAAUAAAAAAGCUUGAUAUUAAAGGAGAUUUGAAUUCAGAAAGCAAUACUGAGAGAACCCAAUGCUCAUUGCUUGAGAGUGAUUCUCCAUGUCUUCUGCAACAUAUAAGCAUAAGGAGCUGUCAUAUGCUAAAAUUUGUACCUAAAAUUAUAAUUAACAGUACCUGUCUUCGAAGCUUGACUUUCUAUGGUAUUAGUUCUCUCACUGCGUUUCCGACAAACAGUUUACCCACUUCUUUGCAAUCACUUUAUAUUAUUGAUUGUGAGAAUUUAACAUUCCUACCUCUUGAAACGUGGAGCAAUUACACAUCACUUGAGUUUUUUCAUUUAGAGAGUAGCUGCAGUGCACUUACCUCCUUCCCAUUGAACUAUUUUCCUAUGCUCCAAUAUCUUUACAUCAGGAAAUGUAGCAGUUUGGAAUCGAUUUUUAUUUCAGAAACUUCUUCUUGUAGCUCGUCAACCCUCCAAUCUUUUUAUGUCUAUGAUUGCAAGGAACUUAUAUCACUACCUCAACGGAUGGACACCCUCGCCUCUCUUGAAUCUCUCUCUCUCUACAAUCUUCCAAAUUUGAAUUUAUCAUUAUGUGAAGGAGUUUUCUUACCUCCCAAUUUACAAACAGUUUAUAUUGAAUCUGUGGGGAUAACAAAACCGGUAACAGAGUGGGGUAUCCAAUGUCUCACUGCUCUUUCAUCAUUGCAAAUUAGGGGUGAUGAUGAUAUUGUGAACAUGUUACCGUUGUUGCCAGUUUCCCUUGUGCGUCUAUGUUUCAAAAGUCUCUCUGAAAUGAACUUCUUAGAAGGAAAUGGACUUCGACACCUCUCCUCUCUAGAAAACCUUUAUAUUUCGGAUUGUCCGGGGCUUGUGUCAUUGCCAGAAAAAGCCUUUCCCUCCUCGCUGAAAACACUUUCUUUCAGGGAUUGUCGAAGACUAGAGUCAUUGCCAGAAAAGGCCUUUCCCUCCUCGCUGAAAACACUUUAUUUCAGGGAUUGUCCAAGACUAGAGUCAUUGCUAGAAGACAACCUCCCUACCUCUUUAGAGCAACUAUACAUUUAUAAUUGCCGAUUGUUAGAAGAAAGGUAUAAAAGGGAGGAACAUUGGUCCAAAAUUGCUCACAUCCCAGUCAUAAAAAUAAAUGGCCAGCUCACAAUAUGA